CGAAAUAACCCAGAAAUCUCCAAAACAGCGGCCAAAUCACCUUCAACUCUCCCAUCAUGUUCUCCCUCGCCCGCUCAUCAAGAACACUCAUCACCCGCUCCCUCGCUACUCCCUCCGCACUACCAAGAUUCAGAGCCUAUAGCUCCGAGGUCCCAGAUCACAUGUCAGAGGGCGAGCGUGCAAUUCACGUCAAGUUAGCGGAACAGUUGGAGCCGAGUAGGUUGUAUGUGCGGGAUACGUCUGGUGGCUGCGGCUCCAUGUACACAAUCGAAAUCGCGUCAAAGAAGUUCAAGGGGAUCAAUGUUGUUAAGCAGCAUCGGAUGGUGAAUGAGAUUUUGAAGGAGGAGAUUAAGGGUUGGCACGGGUUGCAGUUGGUGACGAAGGUUGAGUAAAUGCAAGUUUGAUGAGACGGUGGAUGACAGUGGGAGAGGAAAUACAGCGAAGACGCAAGAUAUUAUACCCUGUGGUGGUGGAGAUGGACGCUGGAGUGCGAACGCGAAGGAUAUGGCGGGUCUCUUGUGCCCGCGGUGAACUCGAAGCGGAGCAACGCACGAUGGAGAGGAACAAGCGCACUCCUAUCUACUAAUUGAGCCCGAGAACUCCUACCUUGGCACAUCCAGACUGCCCCC